CUCUUCUAUGUCACGUACACUUGAUAAUCUACUUUCCUCGUUGAAUAAUUUCCUCAUUCCUGCUGGAUUCCAGUCUAUAGCAAAUAUAUGAGAAUGACUCGGGUAAUGUUCUCACUGGGUCCUGUUCUUUCGGUUCUCUCCCUCUGGCUAUUACAUCGAUUAGAAGUGGAACAGUCCAACGGCACAGCCGCUCCAAGCUGUAAGCGUGCGUGGACACUUAUUGCUUCAUCUCAUCGUUAAUAGAUAAGAGUAAUCACGUUUUUUAAACACAGAAAUGGCAGCUUCCAGGACAAACUUGAGGCAAGUCUUUCAAAGACGGGAGAAGAUUACCUCUCUGCCUUUGUAUUACGAUGGGGUUCUAUGGAAAAAAAGCUCGAAGGAUAAGACCUUCCAAAGAUACUGGUCAGAGUUACGAGGAUCUUCAAUAUUCUUUUAUUGUGAUGAAAAGGAAUCAAUGUACACAGAAAGACUGGAUCUCCAGAACUUUGUAUCGAUCGGAGAUGACAACAGUGGAGGUAAAAACUCCCAAGCAGCUUCCUUUCAACUGCAGUUGAUCAAUGAGCAGGUGAAGCUGAAGGCUGAAAAUGUUGAAACUAGAGAAGAAUGGAAGGGUUAUAUUACUGUGGUCUCUCAGCUGGACAUUCCCCGUGACUUAACACUGCUGCCGGGGCAGAUGCUCUGUCUGGAAGAGGUGGUGAAACAAGAAAAACUUCGUCAGUCAAGUGCUCCAGUGAGACCAGAAUUGCAGAGAUUUUUAGUGGAGAAGCCUGAUUCGGAAUUCUAUGAUGAUGUGCUGACCUCAAUGCCAGCGUGUUUCUACAAAAUUUCUCGGAAUGAAGCUGAAGCAAUCUUGGAAAGGCACCCUGAGAAUGGUAACUUGAUACUACGGCCUUCCACUGAGAACACAAACUAUUCGAUCACUACUCUGACCACAAAGUACAGUAGGCGAGUCAUAAAACACUACAAGGUGACCUGUGAAGAUAAUGGAUUUGUCAUCUGGGUGAACUAUCCAGUCACAUGUAAGAGCCUUCAGGAAGUUAUUGAUCACUUUAUAAAAGAGACCAGUGGGGCUUUGAAACCGUAUAUAGAAUCUGAUGUGUAUGCCGACAAAAUUGAUGUGUCCAAAAAUCCAAACGAUAAAACAAACAAGAAGUUGGUGCCUAUGUCAAGAGUAACCCCAAUUCAAUGCCCCCCAGUCCUACCAUCUGAGCAUCCAGGCAUCCAAGGAAUAAUGAAAUCUCCAUCUAAAUCUCCUCAAAAGCUGCCUCUAAGACCAGCCGAAAUGAGCAGCAGAAGUCCAGCGAACAUGGAACCUGAGCCAAGUUACAUGAAUGAUGAAUUUCAUCUAAAAAUGAACCAGAUGGUCAUAGCAGAUGAUAGGCCUCCCACCCGUACUCCUCCAAAACCAUUAUCUUGGCGCUUUGCUACAGGUGGAGGUGGUAGUGAUGAACUAAUGGCAAAGCUGAACGAGAGACGGGCAAGACUGGGAGAAGAUUAAUGCAUUGAUUCAAAUACGUAUUUGUCUAACUGAGUUAGAGAAGCUGCAAACACCAGCAUUGCUCUUGGGUUGAUAUCAUUGACUCCUUUGAAUGUAAAGUUUACAUCAAAGUAAACAAAGAACAAAAUUUGUAAGAAUUCUGGGCUUUACCAAUCUGCUUCUCGUUGGCAUCAAACCCCAGUGAUGUGGAAGAUGACAUUCUCACAAGAACAGUUGAACACCUAGUUCUGUUGAUGAAAAAUCUAAUGGUAAAUUUAAGACAUUGAAUGCAUCUUUCUGCACUGCAUUCUGGGAGAGUUCUAAUGAUUUUAACUGGGAUCUAAAAAGCUAACAUUCAGGAGAAGACAUUUAAAUCUCUGAUACCGAGGUGGCAGAUAACCAUCUACAAGAUUGAAUGAAAAGAAAGACUGGAGUGGAAAAUCUUGUAAGCUGAUAAUUGAAGCAUUGUUACUGAUAGUACAAUGUCAUUUUAGUCAUCGUUUUAGAAGCUGCACUCAGGUGAUACAAGAAAUGAGAGAUCACAGCCUCAGGAUAUCCCAGAGUGUUCCACAGUGUAUGAAGUAUUGUGGCAUUGUUAUAGUGAAGUAAUCAUGGUACAGCCAAUUAGCACAUAGCAAGGUCCCACAAACAGCAAUGGAAUUACCUGGUGAUUAUUAUUUGUUUUAGUCAUAUUGGUUGAUUGAAUAUAGAUCUAGUGACCAGGAGAUUUUAACCAUCAUUUUGCAAAUAGUGCCAUGGAAUCUUUUACACACCUGAGCAGCUGGUUCCUUGGUUUAGCAUCCUACCUUUAAACAUUACAACUCAAGCCAUGUAGUAGCUCUUUGCAGCAUUGUCAAUCUUCAAUGUACUCAAAUUAGUGGUGUGUGACUUGAACCCUCAAUCUUCUCACUUGGAGGUGAGAGCAUCAUGGCUGAAAUAUGAGAAAAUCCAGAUGAGGAAUACAAUGCUUGCAAGUACAUAAUUUUCAAUUAGGAGUGAGUGGAAUUUCAAGUCAGACUUUCUAUUGGUAUAAGUAAAGGUCAGAAUGUUUUCAGAUAGCAUGUAAAUUGAAAGGCUGUCAGUAGAAGUUUGAGAGGUGACCUGAAAGAAGUUUAUAAAACAGUGAGAGAGAUAGAUAGUUCCUGGUAGUUGUCUUCCCCUAAGACUAAGGGGCACAUUUUUAAGGUAAGAGAGAUUUUAAAGACAGGAGGCAAAUUUUUAAGUGGGUUGUGUGGAAUGAGCAACCUGAUGAAGUGGUGGAUGUAGGUACAGUUACAAUCUUUAAAAGACAUUUGGAUGGAUGUAUAGAUUGGAAAGGUUUGGAGGGAUAUGGACCAGGAGCAGGCAGGUGAGACUACUCUAGUUUAGGACUGUGUUCAGUAUGUACUGGUUGGACCGAAGGAUCUGUUUCCAUGCUCUGAGUUGCCUGGUCUAUUUAUCAGUCUGCUUCUGGGGAAGGGUCACCAGACCCGAAACAUUAACUCUGUUUUUUCCUUCACAGAUGCUGCCAGACCUGCUGAGCUUUCCCAGCAACUUUUUGUUUUUGUUCCUGAUUUACAGCACCCGCAGUUCUUUCGGUUUUUAUUUACAAAUCAUACUGUUUUCCCUUUGCUUUUAAUGUAACUCUGAAUUCCUCUUUCACUGACCACAUAUUCUGAGAUCACAACAUUUUAGUUUUGAUCUUUCACUACCUGGUUUCAUGUUGCUUUUUAAAGCAGUUGAGGUUUUAAUUGUAAGUUGUCUCCCAAAUGCUGCAGUUUCAAUAUUAUCCAACACACAGCUGUUUCAUUCAUUGAAUCAGGCAGAAGAAUGCCAUUCAGUCCAACUGGUCUUAUUUUUUAAAAAAGUAUGGUUAUAAAACCAAGCAGCAAAGCACAGCAUUUACAAAUGAUUUGUACCCCUGUUGAUAUUCUGGUCAGUGAGAUGUGAAGUGCAAUCUUAUUGAGAACAAAAGUAAUUUUAACAUGCUGUUGAUUGGGAUUAGUGAAUAUUUGCCAGUGGGGCCAGAUUCCCAAGUGUUUUCAAACCUCAGUUUAUCGCUUUGAAAGGAUUUAUUUGUGCAGUGUCAUUGGAUAAAACUAAACAAGAAUAUCUGAAACUCUACCAUCAGCAACUUCUGAGUUAUGUGUAAAUUGAAAGCUGAUUUCACUUUUUUUAAAAAUAGGCUUGAGGCUAUGUAAUGUACAGCAGCCCAGAUAACUAAUAAAAUGUACAGAGGGUAAAUAAUAGUUGUCUAUUUGGAUUUUCAAUGAAUAUUUAAUGAAGUUGUUGUCAAGAGGGUAUUGCACAGCAUUAGGACUCAUGGAGUUAGAAUUAUCAUGGUUGAGGAUUAGUUAAUUUAAAAAAAGGAACAAGGGGACGACAUUACCUGGUUGGCAUGCUGUAACUGGCAAGGCACCACAAGAUCCAUAUUGGGGCCUCAGCUAUUUCAAUCUAUAUUAGCGACUCAGAUGGAGAACUGAGUAAUGUAUCAAGUUUUUGAUGAUACAAAAGUAAGCAAUGAGAAAAACGUAGAGUCUGUGGGAUGAGGGGUGGAGUGUAUGAAGACGUAAUCAGGUCAGUAGUGUGCAGGAACAUACAAAUGGAAUACAAUGUGUUGUAUCCCACUUUGGAAGGAAAAAAUAAAAUGCUGAAUCUUUCUCAUAGGUGAUUGCACACAAUUGCUGGUCUAUCAGAAAUUUGAAUUUUGUUGUAUAUGAAUCAGUUAGAAUCUAGAUUCAGCUAGAAAUUAGCAAGAACAUUUCUCUAUUUGCUUUUAUCGGAGUGGGGGGGAGGAGUGUAAUAGUAAAGGUGUCUUACUAUAACUGAACAAGGCAUUGGUCUCUUUACCCAAACAUGAACAUACUUUCUCUAGAGACUGAAAUGCAGAUUUAUAAGACUAGCUUCUGGCAAGAGGAGAUAGCCCUAUGAGGAUGUACUGAGUUGGCUAAGCCUAGAGUUAAAUGGAGCUUAAGAAUUACAUGAGAUUUAAUUGAAACACAAAAUUCAUAACAGGCUUUCACUGGGGAAAAUGAUUCCCCUGUUUGGUGAGUCAAGAAUAGGGGCUCAAUUUCACCAACUAUGUAGGACUAAGAUGAGGAAAAUGUCUUCACUCAAAUGUGUAUAUACAUUUUGUACUUUCUACCACGGUGAGGGGUGAGCAUAUUCAUGACAGAUGUAUAGAUUUUACAAUACUACGGGAAUUAAAGGAUGGAGAGUGCAGAGAACUGGUCAAGAUCAACAUGAUCUUCAAUGGUGGAGUAGGCUUGAAAGGCCAAAUAGUCUACUUCCAGCUCCUAUUUCUUACUUUUUAUCUGAAGACAAGAACAUAUGUACCUAAUUACCAGCUGUUGCUUUUCUGUAUUUGAUAUUUUGGAAGUGUAUUGAGGAGCAGAAGUUUUGUUUCCUUACGGACAUUAAGAAUGGAAAGCAUCAUCUAUGCAAGAUAUUAAUUCAAGUUAUCAUUGCAAUGUACAACAGGCAUCAGUUAGUGCCUGCAACUUUCUUUUGAAAUAAAAUAUUGUUUUGUCAUU